AAACCCCAAGAAAGAGACCCUCCUUGAUGAACUCGUCUUUGAUUCUUCAUCAUCUGACCAAAUCCCAAUUUUUUAUGCAUAUUUUUUUUUAAUAUAAAUAUGUUUCAACCAAGUUGUACAUAUUCUGAUAUUCUUUUCUCCUCUCUUGCUCUGGUCUGCUCUGCUCAUUUCUCCCCCAUUUAGUCAAAGUGCGCACCCCAAGUCUAUCUUUGAUUUCUCACCGUAAAAAGCUAUUUUCAAUCGUUUUUUGCUAGUUUUUUCCACUCUUGCACAGUUGUGCGUGUCUGCAUGUUUCAAUCAUAUGGGUAUAUUGCGUUCUCUUAUUUGGAUAUUUGUCAGAUUCCACAAAGAUAAUCUGAAAUGGGUUUGUGUGUUUGUUUGUUUCUGAUGUGUUCCAUUCACUGAUUCAUCGUCCUUUGGCGUCCCUAGAUCUGUUAGCGGCUCUGCUCGAUCCGCUGCUUUAUUCUUGCCUUGCCACUAUCCACAAGGUCAGAUCAUUGGAUUUUACCAUUUAACGUGCCGCUUUGUUUCAUUUUCUGCUUGCUAGUCUAGUUGACGUGUUGGUUUGCACUAAAAGAUAAACAAAAAGUUGGGUCUAUGUUUUAUGAAAAACAGUAUGCUUCGAGUCUGAGACUGAUGAUGAGCAGGAGCCAACAUAUCAAUAAGGUGGUACUGGGCUUCAUUGGGUUUUUGCCAAUUCGGCUGAAUUCUUUUCUUCUGCAUUUGUUCAUGGUGCAUAGUUACAUACACCCUCCAUCUGAGAGGAAUCUCUUGUAAGUUCUAGACGUAAUUAAUGGGUAACGGCACUUCUCGUGUUGUAGGCUGUUUUAUACCUUUCAAUGAGAAAAGCGGUGUUGAUUUGGAGUUCUUAGACCCACUAGAUGAAGGAUUAGGCCAUUCCUUCUGUUAUGUUAGGCCGUCUAUUUUUGAAUCUCCUGCCAUUACCCCAUCAAACUCUGAAAGGUAUACUGUUGAUUCGAGCACCCUUGAUUCUGAGACAUUAAGUGGAUCAUUUAGACAUGACAUGAUAGAUGAUCCCUUGGGAUUACACAGACUAAACAAGAGCGUCCCGGAAACUACAUUUAAAACUAUCUCAGGUGCUUCGGUCAGUGCCAAUGUUUCUACAGCUAGGACCGGUAACCAGAGUGCAUUGUUUGCCAGUGAUGUUCAAGAGCCUGCUGCAUCCUUUGAGAGCACAUCCUCAUUUGCUGCAAUACCUUUGCAGCCCGUACCUCAUUGCUCUGGACCAUUGAGUGGAUUCAUGUCUGGACCUCUUGAAAGAAGUUUUACUUCAGGCCCUUUGGAAAGGGGAGGGGGUUUCAUGUCUGGGCCAAUUGAGAAGGGUGUAAUGUCUGGUCCGCUUGAUGCCACCGAUAAGUCUAACUUCUCUGCACCCCUUGCACGAAUUGGUCAAAGACCAGGCCUUCAGCGUCUCAUGAGGAGCGUGAGUGGGCCAAUGAGGAGCACUUUUUCCCGGGCAUUCUCAAAACAUUCUGGGGGGCCUGGUUGGAUGCAACGCUUUUUCUUGAAUUCAGUGUCUCAAUUGGCCUGGCAUCCUAAAGAACCAAAGUUUCAGCCAGAUACCUCACGAAAUUGUCUUGAAGGGGUGCCAUCCGAAGGGGAGUAUAGAUGUACUCACGACUUGCAAUGGGCUCAUGGAAAGGCUGGUGAAGAUAGGGUUCAAGUUGUGCUUUCUGAAGAACAAGGAUGGUUGUUUAUUGGAAUAUAUGAUGGAUUUAGUGGACCAGAUGCACCAGAUUUUCUGAUGAGCCAUCUUUACCAAGCUAUAGACAGAGAACUGGAAGGACUGAUUUGGGAUUAUGAAGAUAAACCUCUUAAUGAUCAAUUAAAACCCGAACUCCUUAAGACUGGGCAUACAAAAGUGGCUUCAGAGUCCAGCAAGGAGGAACAGUCGAAACCUCAUUCAAGUCAAGUAAUUUAUCCUAGUUUAGAGGAUUCAUGUAGGCCUGCAGUUGUCAAAGGUCAAUCUUCUAACUGCGAGAUAGUUGAGGAAAAUGAAGAACUUGGGAUGGGUGUUGAACCUAAUGGUGAAAAGCCCAGCAUCGUAGGAACAACAGCGGUUUCUGUUCCAGCUGCAAACUUAACUGGUCAAGGCAGGAAAAGCACACGGCUUUAUGAACUACUUCAGAUGGAGCCUUGGGAUGGACGGGAUUCUUUGUUAGUCUCGGAGGUCAGGAAGCGAAGAGUGGUAUCAUGGGAUUGUCAAUUGAGUCAAGAAACCUCGGAUUCUAGCAAAACCUUACAUGAAGAUCAGGUAAGAUCUUGCUCUUUAAAUGCCAAAGGAGAUAGUCGUAGCCAUCGGGGUGAAGAUCCUACCACUUCAGGUGAAGAUGUAGGGGCGAGGUUUGAAUCUAUUAAUCAUGGUGUUAUACCUGCUCUUUAUGUUUCAAGGCAAAGAAAGAAUACUAGAAAGUCAUUAAUUGGUUCAAAGAUUAGAAAAAUGUAUCAGAAGCAAAAAUCCUUACGCAAGAAACUUUUUCCGUGGAAUUAUGAUUGGCACAGAGAGGAGAUUGGUGUUGAAAAGAGAAUGGUGGAACCCUCUGGACCUAUUAGAAGAUGCAAAUCUGGUGUUAUUGAUCAUGAUUUGGUUUUAAGGGCGAUGGCUCGAGCUCUUGAAAGGACUGAAGAGGCUUACAUGGAAUUGGUGGAAAAGGCUCUUGACAAAAACCCGGAACUUGCGUUAAUGGGAUCAUGUGUUCUAGUGAUGUUAAUGAAGGAUCAAGAUGUGUAUGUCAUGAAUCUUGGGGAUAGCCGUGUGAUCUUGGCUCAAGAAAGACCAAAUGACCGUUAUCCGAAUCCAAAUUUUUUGAAAGAUGAUGCGAGGCAUCGGAAUAGAUCCAGAGAGUCAUUAGUGCGUAUGGAGCUGGACAGAAUAUCAGAGGAUUCUCCCAUGCAUAAUCAGAACAGUCAGAUUAGCAAGAUAAAUAAAAACCGGGAGAUUUCAUUAUGCAGAUUAAAGAUGAGAGCAGUUCAGCUUUCCAUUGAUCACAGCACAAGCAUGGAAAAGGAAGUUUUUAGAAUUAGGGUCGAACAUCCGGAUGACAACCAGGCUGUAUUCAACGAUCGAGUGAAGGGGCAAUUGAAAGUAACUAGAGCGUUUGGUGCUGGGUUUCUGAAGAAGCCAACUUGUAAUGAAGCUCUGCUGGAGAUGUUUCGGAUUGAAUAUGUGGGAACUCUUCCUUAUGUCAGCUGCAUUCCUUCCCUUCUUCACCACCGACUUUCCUCUAGUGAUCAAUUCCUGGUACUCUCCUCUGAUGGACUGUACCAGUACUUUAACAAUGAAGAGGUAGUUGCCCAUGUCACUUGGUUCAUGGAAAAUGUUCCUGAAGGUGAUCCUGCACAGUACCUCAUCACGGAGCUUCUCUUCCGUGCUGCUAAGAAGAAUGGAAUGGAUUUUCAUGAACUACUGGAUAUUCCGCAUGGGGAUCGGCGCAAAUAUCACGAUGAUGUUUCUGUUAUGGUGGUUUCACUUGAAGGAAGAAUCUGGAGAUCAUCUGGAUAGUUGUUUAAAACAACUACACACACACACACAACACUCUUUUGGUUCCUGUCUCUCUCUCUCUCGGCUAGGCUUUUCGCAUUUGUCCACGGCCUCAACAAUUCACAGUUUCAGGCAAGAGGAUUCUGACCAUGUUGCUAGGAUAAAAGGCUGCCGCCUUAAUGACUUGCACCAUAAAUUUUCUCCAUUCAAGGAUACUGUAUACUUGGUCUUUAUGAUUACGUGAUCGGUGCCUAGCUUGAUCCCACUUCCACUUUCCCCCCAUGUGCACUGCUGUUCUUCAGUGUUUCGCAUCUAAAAACGCUUUCAUAUCA